CCAGGAGAAGGUGGUGGAAAAUGGUCACGAUAACGGGGCAAAGAUCCAACUCAACCAGUAUUCACAGCAAAACUUCCAAGGCACAAUGAGCACGGAUGUGUAAAAGGUCUAAGGACAAUGAGGACCUUAAAAAGCAAACGAGUUUGGUAAUCCUGUCUGAGGUCAAGAUUGCGGCGAGGAGGUCCAGCUUGGCUUUGCUGACAAUGGACAAUCAAGGGGAAUGCAAUGAGGUCAACUGCACCAACUGCAGCCUGAAUUACAGCAUCCAUCAGAGCUUGUUCCCAGCUGUCUACAUCUUUAUCUUCAUCCUUGGCCUGCCCACCAGCCUCCUGUCACUGUACCACAGCUACCUGCAGGUCAGGCAGGGUAACGAACUGGGCAUCUACCUCUGCAACCUGACCAUCUCCGACCUGUUGCACCUGGCCUGCCUGCCCCUGUGGAUUCAGUACCUGCUGCAGGGGGAUAACUGGGUGCAUGGGGAACAUCUGUGCCGGCUCACCGGUCUCGUCCUCUACGAGAACAUCUACGUCAGCAUCGCCUUCCUCUGCUGCAUCUCCAUGGACCGCUACCUGGCGGUGGUCCACCCCUUGAGGUUCCACGCCUUCAGGACGGUGAAGGCGGCCGUUCUGGUCAGCGUCAUGGUCUGGAGCAAAGAGAUCGGGAUGGCCCUCUUCAUCUUCGGACACAACGAGACGGUGAUGGACCGAAAGAACCACCUGCUGUGCUUCGAACAUUACCCCAUUCAGAGCUGGCAAAGGAAUGUCAACUACUACCGCCUCACCGCUGGCUUCCUUCUCCCCGUGGUCCUGCUCUCGUUCUUGUACCGCAGGGUGCUGAUGUCCAUUCACAGGAGCACAGGAAUUCAGCAAGAACAAAAGUUGAGGAUCAAAAAGUUGGUGCUAAGUGCCAUUGGCAUUUUCUGCAUCUGUUUUGUACCUUAUCACCUCCUGCUGCUGGUCCGAACUCUGUUUGAGAAAACGUGCCAAUCCGUGAGGAACAUCUUCCACUUUUACCACUUCGGGCUACUCAUGACCAGCUUAAACUGCGUGGCCGACCCCUUCCUCUACUCCUUUGUCUCCGAGAGCAGCCAAGGUGUCCUGAUGAGGCUCCUUGAGCCCCUGACCAACCUCUUCCAUGCGCGGGAAUCCGCCAACUUUAACUCUCGGAUCGCCAGCUUUGCCUCAAGGCCUAGCAUCCGCUCGACUGCGACAACUUCCAGGCCAUGUAAUGCAUGUUGACCUUACCAGGGCUGCACUGAGAGAGUGUGGCCCUGUAUGACAUGCGUCCCUUCACAUGGACAUGAAAGAGUAGAGACAUAGUCUCCAGAGUCAGCCCUGCCUAUCCCACGGUGCGAGUUCAUUCCAAGAGCUCUCCCGAGUUAAAAAAAAAUCAAACUCGUGGUAAGCACGGAGAAUGAACGUAGCG